GCUUUCAUGCUGAUAUAAGGACACAGUUCUAACCCAGGGGAAGACUGCUUGUGUGCCUGUGACCAUGGGUGCUCUGAGACUGGUGUCUGCCCUCAGCAUCCUCUCCGCCAUCUACGCUGACCAAACGCUGUUCCAGAGAACGGGGCCGGUGACUUCAGAGAGGAUAUACAAAUCUUGCUUCUUCUGGGACGGUGCCAAAGAUUCAAGCAUUAUGUCCCUGUCCCACAUUGGCAGUCAAGCCUUUAUGCUGAAGAUAAACUUGGAUUAUUUACACAGUGGGACCCACCAGUCAGAAUUUGACCUGCGGACCCUGGACCCUGAGGGAGUGAUCUUCUAUGGAGACAAAGGGGAUGGAAUAAAUUGGUUCCUGCUGGCUCUGAGGGACGGCCACCCCGAGAUCCAGCUGAGUAACCAGCAUUGCCUCACCGCUGCCUUAUCUGGAGAUGUCCUCAACGAUGGCAAAUGGAGGAGGAUAAUGGUGCAGAGUGAGAGCAAAAGCAUCAGGCUCCUGGUGGACGGGAAGCCCAGCCUGGUCAUCAACAUCCUUCCCAACACUGGCUUUCUUGAGAACCUGUCCACUGUGCACAUCUCCCUGGGGAAAUCCCUCAUCAACGAGUCCGAGUUUAUCCUCCCACUCAGGCACCGACUGGACGCCUGCAUCACCAACUGGAAUUGGCUUCAGCAGAACUCCUCAUGGCUGGCUGACAAAGUGGCCAGGAACCCCAACAUCCAAUGUCCGACUGACAUCAUGCCCGGAACCUUCUUCCCGGGAGGGGGAGUGGUGGUGUUCCAGGCUGGUAGUUUCCAAAAUGAUUCUGAGUCCCCGGAGGACUGGUCUCUGAGGUUCGAGGCUGUCAUUCGUCCCUCAAAACAUACUGGUGUCGUGCUGGCCAUACUAUCCAAGACUUACAAUCUUCUGAUGCAGCUCGACAUUGUUCUGAAGGACUGGCAGGAGGUGUUCCGCCUAAAGCUCGGAGACGCAGUGCUAUUUGAAUUGCCUCCUCCCAGCGAACUAUGCAAUGGCCUCAAGAUCGUCCUCAGCCUCUCUGCUGAAAUGAUCUCCCUCAAGGUGGGUAACAAGCUCAGGACCCUGCAGGAAACACAUGACAGCAUUGCCUCGCUGAGGUCUGCCUGGAUUGAGGAGGAAGCCUUUGUGGUUCUGGGGGGAUUGCCAGCCCUAGACACACUAGGCUACGGAUGGUAUUACUUCCAGGGCUGUAUGCAGAAUCUGAGGAUGCAGGGGAAGUCCUUGGACAUGAACCAGGCCCUGUUUGUCCACCACGCCAUCUUGACCCAUAGUUGUCCGGCUUCAAAGUAGCAGUCUGGCCUUGUCAUCUGCCCAUCGACAAUCCACCGACCGUCAACCCAUCUCAGUCUCCCUGCCUCAUCCACCGCACAUUAAAAUCUCUUGUGGAUGGACCUCGUGUGUUGUCUUUGGGGUCUGGGAAUUCCACAGUGCUCCCUUUUAGUCUGUGUGCAUACAUCCCUCACCACCUUUGUGACUCCCCCCAGCCCCUACACACUGUCGUGUC